AUCCCAUUUAGGGCUCCAUUCGACAUAUAUGCUUGCUCUCCCCGAUAAAUAUUCUUAGGGUUUUAUCUUACGAUCAUCUUAACCCCUAAUUUGUAGAAUCGUUGAUCGAAUUCCUACCUCUCUUCCCUCUUCCAAUCACUAAACGAAUUUGGAGAAGAAAGAAAACCAACACAUAAGAGAAGCAUGGAGGGAGGGGGCGAGGAAGUCAGCAUAGAGGAGCUCUCUUCGAAUCUCUCUACUUACAAACAACAGCUUCAAGAGGUCAGGAAGCUUUUGAAGGAUGACCCUGGGAAUGCCGAGUAUACUGAUGUGGAGAAAGAGCUUGUGGAGGUGAUUGCUUUGACUGAAGAACUCCUGGCAACUGCACAGGAUGAAGCUGGAAAUUCUGGAGUGGGUAUUGGAACAAGUGCUGAUGUAUCCCCUAGUUUUCACCAUUCUGGAGGUACCUUACAAAAUGUUUCGGUAUCAAGUGAAAUGUUUGAUGGGCACAAGCUUCCUGUUGGUGCUAAAGUUCAAGCUGUUUAUAGUGAAGAUGGCGAGUGGUAUGAUGCAACAAUAGAGGCCUUCACGCAAAAUGGAUAUUUGGUUGCAUAUAGUGGCUGGGGAAAUAAGGAAGAGGUUGAUCCUGCUAAUGUUAGGCCUUUAGAAGAAGGAAUUGUUGAUCCAUUGCUGGAAGCUGAGAAGGAGGCAGAAGCUACUAAGCAAGCUCUUAAACGUAAGAUUGCCCAAGCUGCUUCAGCUGAUGUGGACUUCCAGUCAAAAAGCUUGCCGGCAAAGCUUCGUAUUGAACCAGAAGAUCCUGAGGAUGUGAAAGCUGCUAAACGUAAGAAGAUACAUGCUUUCAAGUCUAAGAUGCGAAAAGAGCAAAUUGAGGUUACACAGAAUAAAAGACAAAAUGCAUGGCAACAAUUUCAGACCACGAAAGGCCGUGCCAAGAAGAUUGGGUUCUUCUCGGGUCGCAAGCGGGAAAGCAUAUUCAAGUCUCCAGAGGACCCUUUUGGGAAGGUGGGUGUAACCGGAAGCGGGAAAGGUCUGACAGAUUUCCAAAAAAGGGAAAAACAUCUACAUCUCAAGGGAGCUAAUGCUGAAAACACCGAGGAUUAGAUACAGACUUUUGUAGGUUUCUUCGGUCAGUUUGCUUGUAGAGCAUACAAAGUGUUGUUAUGACCAAGUAAGAACUUUUCACAUGCUGAUUUUGGCUUGAAGGCAAGUUAUUAGAUGCAUUGGUACUUUAUUGACAAUUUUACCGUUUGAUAUAUCAUUUACCCAUCUAGUUUGCC